CUAAGCUUACAAUUAUUUUUCAAAAAAUGAAAUAGUCACGCUUAUUUGAGAGAUAAACAUCAGUUUGGGUUACGCAGCAAAACCGCAUUUAAAAAAUAUAUGUUAAAUGAACAAUCAGUCUUUCUGCGAUCGUGAUCGAAGACCAAUAGCCACACAAAAUAAUGAAUUACAAUCGAAUAAUAAGAGCCUCAAAUUUUCUGUUCGUCUUUUGCGGAUACCAGUGCCAAUGGUUUAACGUAGAAGACCGAAAAUGUAAACUGAAUGUGGUUUCUGUGAUUUAUGCGAUUUUAUUAGCAUUUUGGUAUGCAGCCUGUUUUCGACAACAUUUCUUGGAUUCGUCCAUAUUUAAUUUUCUAAUCUCCACAAUUCCAAUUCUGCACACAAUCAUUCGGAUGCAUCUUCUAAUUGGUCUCAAGACAUGGUUAUUUGUAAUUUUUGAAAUGAAGCACGUUACGAAGGCGUUGAACAAUCUAAUCAAAACACUUCCUCCGCAAACAUAUUUCAGCUGGUGUUGGGAGGAUAUCAAAGUGUACAUAUGGCUAUUUUCAGGCUUACUAAUAAACUUUGGUUUUGCAUUGUACAUUAUGAUCGAGCUGGAGUUUCGGUUGCCAACACUUAACCAAGUCAUGCAUGGUUCGGCUUUGUUUCUCCCUCAUUUUGCCUUGGCUUGUUCAUUUAAAGUGCUUAAUUUGGCUUCAUUGUUUGCGCGGUCAGAGCUUCAGAGUAUUCAUUCAAAACUUAACUGUGAUAUAAAAACCGAAUCGACAUCUCAGAAGAAAACCAUAGAAUCAUUGACAGACAAUAGUCAGAAUUCGGUCGAGCUAUCAGGUGUGCCUCCACAAAUAAGUGGCAUUGCAAUUCAAAUUCCUGACCUUGAAACCUUGCAGAUGUUAGUUAAACGAUUAGAAGGCUUAGCCCUUGCAACACGGACUAUCGAUCAUACAAUUCAAAAACAAAUGAUCUUUUUGUUUCUAAUGAAUUCCUUAUCAUUACUUGGAGCAAGUUAUUCAAUAGUUUACUACAAGUCCACCUGGCACUUGAUUUUGGAUGAAUCGGUCGGAAACUGUUUGUACGUUUUUAAUGUUGGAAUUUUUGUGUUCAUAUUCUGGGACUUAUUCAGUCUUUGCGUUGUUAAUUAUAUUUUUGAAAAGGAGAGAAACUAUUUUUUAAAAGAUGUUAUUCAAAUUUUACGAAGUAAGUUACCACUGGAAGACGAUAAAAGGGUUCUUCUAAGGGAUGUUAAAUAUUUACUCAAAAAUAACUUUUGCAUGCAAAUAUUUUUCAACAUGUCCAUCAAAUGGCAAACACUUGUUAUGAUAAAUGCAUUGGUUGGAUUGGCAAUAUCAAUAUUUAUUACUUUUCAUUAUUUGGAUGAUAACAUUGAGAAUUUGGAAACGCAAAUAAAUGCCGACGAAGACUAGUUUUGAUUAAAUACCUGUUGUUAAUUAAUUAUAACAAAAUACGUAGCUAUACAAAUCAAAAUAAGAUACAUACCAGGUCAUAAAGACGAAAGAGACAGGCAAUGUUAAAUAUCUGUCGUAGAAAUGGAUUUUGUUGAUUUUUGUGUUUUUUUUUUUGUCAUUUUAAAAAGUAUGUAUUUUAUAAAAGUAGUAAAAUGUUUUAUUUCCAACCUAAUAACGCAAAGUUUACAAUUUUUAUAAUUAAAUUUGUAUGUUAAAAAUGCAAAACAUACGACAGUUAAAUAAGUCGUUAAUCGAGUAAUAAAAUAUAAAUAAGUAUUUUUAA